AUGUACGGAACUCCGCUACACUGCGCCAUAAUCAACGGCUCUGUCGAUGUGGUCAAGGAGUUGCUGGAUGCUGGCGCACCAGUCAACGCGCAAGACCUUAGAGGAAACACCCCGGUUCAUGCCGCUGUUCGUAUGGGAAGACACAUCAUUCUGAGGAUUUUGCUCAGAGGUGGUGGCAGCUGCGUCAUCCAGAAUGUCAACAAAAGAAACCCGGAACAGCUGGCU